UUUGUAAUUCGGCGCGUGUGUCAUAAGGAGUCCUCACGAGUUUGUUCUCUCCCGAACUGAGUUUUUACACGCAGCGGGUUUUGUUCACAGUCUCAGAAACGCUUCGCAGGUUCAUCUCCCGAGUCGUGUGCUUCUCCAACAUGGGUAAAAGAAACAGGAACAGACAAAACUUUAAAGAUGGGCGACCGGAAGGAAAGAGGAGCAGAGAUGAUGCUGGUUGGGGCGCAGGCUAUGCCGAAAUCGUCAAGGAGAACAAGCUGUUUGAGCAGUACUACCGCGAGCUGAAGAUCGUUCCCGACGGAGAGUUUGAGGAGUUUAUGGAGGCUAUGAGAGAGCCGCUGCCUGCCACCAUCCGCAUCACCGGCUACAAAAGUCAUGCCAAAGAGAUCCUACAUACCCUGAAAGAGAAAUACUUCAAAGAAAUCCAGGACCUGGAGAUCGAUGGACAGAAGAUUGAAGCCCCUCAGGCUCUAAGCUGGUACCCCGACGAACUGGCGUGGCACACCAACAUGAGCCGGAAGAUCUUGCGCAAGUCUCCGCUCCUGGAGAAGUUCCACCAGUUUUUAGUGAGCGAGACCGAAUCCGGAAAUAUCAGCCGGCAGGAGGCGGUCAGUAUGAUUCCUCCUCUGCUGCUGAAAAUCGAACCUCAUCACAAGAUUUUGGAUAUGUGUGCUGCUCCAGGGUCAAAGACCGCCCAGCUUAUAGAGAUGCUCCAUUCUGAUAUGGAUGUGCCCUUUCCUGAGGGCUUUGUAAUCGCUAACGAUGUGGAUAAUAAGCGCUGUUACCUGCUGGUGCACCAGGCUAAGAGGCUGAACAGUCCGUGUAUCAUGGUGGUGAACCACGAUGCCUCCUGCAUCCCACGUCUGCAAGUGGAGAGCAGUGGAAAGAAGGACAUCCUGUUUUAUGACCGAGUCCUGUGCGAUGUCCCCUGCAGCGGAGACGGAACGAUGCGGAAGAACAUCGACGUAUGGAAGAAGUGGACGACCAGCAACAGCCUCCAGCUCCACGGCCUGCAGUUUAGGAUUGCGGUACGUGGCGUGGAGCAGCUGGCUGUAGGUGGGCGGAUGGUUUACUCCACCUGCUCUCUGAACCCCAUCGAGGAUGAAGCGGUGAUCGCCUCCCUGCUGGAGAGGAGUGAAGGUGCCCUCGAGCUGGCUGAUGCCUCUGCUGACCUGCCUGGUCUAAAGUACAUGCCUGGUAUCACAUCCUGGAAGGUGAUGACCAAAGAGGGUCAGUGGUACUCCGAUUGGUCUGAAGUUCCCACGAGUCGUCACACACAGAUCAGACCCUCCAUGUUCCCUCCUACUGACCCCGACAAACUGAAGAGCAUGCAGCUGGAGAGAUGUAUGAGGAUCCUGCCACAUCACCAGAACACCGGUGGCUUCUUCGUGGCCGUGCUGGUGAAGAAGGCGCCCAUGCCGUGGAACCGCCGCUAUCCAAAACUUCGGAAUAAAGAGGCCACCGGUGAGGACGCUCAGGCUGAGGAGGGAGAGGCGGAGGUGGCGGCGGCGACUGUGGCGGCGGCGACCGUGGCGGCGGCCGAGGGAGACGCCGUUCUGGAAAGCACUCCAGAGGCGGAGUCCAAGAAAGACGGAGUGUGUGGCCCCCCGCCUUCAAAGAAGAUGAAGCUCUUCGGCUUCAAAGAAGACCCCUUUGUGUUUCUGACGGAAGACGACCCGGUCUUCCAUCCCAUCCAAACAUUCUACAACCUCUCUCCAGACUUCCCCAAGCUGAACGUCUUGACCAGGACGCACGAGGGAAAGAAAAGACACUUGUACAUGGUGUCCAAGGAGCUCCGCAACGUCCUGCUCAACAACAGCGAGAGAAUGAAAGUGAUCAACACGGGAGUGAAAGUGUGGUCGAGGAAUAAUGACGGAGAACAGUUCGGCUGCGCCUUCAGACUGGCCCAGGAGGGUAUCUACACUCUGUGUCCUUACAUCAGGGCACGUGUCAUCACGGUUAGCAUGGAGGACGUGAAGGUUCUUUUAACCGAGGAGAAUCCUUUCCUCAGCAGGCUGGGUGACGACUCUCACGCCCAGGCCAAGAACCUCGAAAUGGGCAGUGUCGUUCUAAGAUACCAACCCGAUCCAAAUGAUCCCAGCGCCCCUCAGUGCACCAUAGAUCUGUGUGGUUGGAGAGGAAAGACCUCCAUCAGGGCUUUCGUGGCCCGGAACGAGCGUUUGCACUACCUGCGCAUGGUGGGCGUGGAGGUCUUCCGAAACAAGCAGGGCAAAAAGGAAGGAGGUGCAGCAGAAGCUCAGGAAGGAGGUGCAGCAGAAGCUCGGGAAGAAGGUGCAAUGGAGGAGGCGGCGACAGGACAAGAAGAAGGACAAGAGGACGGAGGGAUGCAGAACGAGAACUUGGACACAGAACAGAACGCACCCUCAGAACCCAAAAGUAACGGCGCGGAGACAGCGAGCAGCACUUGAGACUGGGAAUUCUCCAGUCAGACUGAACCAAAUUGGAAGACUGUGGGGGUACUCUCCAAUAAACAUGGAUCGGGCCAUAAUUUAGCUAAGCAGCAAGUCUCUGUAGAAUUGAUAUACUGAAGUUUGGUUCUGUGUUUUAUUUUUUUUUUUUUUUGUAAGUAUUUAAUGGUUCUGUUUUAUUUUAAGAUCUUUUGCGCAUCUAACUGGAUUGUUGAGAUUUGUCUCUGCCAGUAGCUAAACGUCAAACAACGAGCCAACUGGGCCCUAUGACCUAGUGUUUUUAUUUCAUUUUGAAAGUACCCCGGAAUACAUUUCAUUUAACACCUGUGUAAGUGUUCGAUAGAAUGUAAAUACAACUUUUAUUAAAAGCUUGAAAAGGAA